AUGAGCAUUUCGGAGACCGACAAACUCGAGUAUGACGCUUUGGAAUGUAAAAACAUUACUUUGACGGAAUUUAUUGAGCGGCGAAAAAGGAAGGAAUUGGAAAAUGGUCGUUUGAAAGAUCGAUAUAUAAAUAGCCUGAAAAAAGGCCCGCUAUACAUCAACAGAAUUUGUUCAUUGAGUAAUUCACGUCUCCCUCCUGGAACUGUUCCUCGAACAAUUGUCAUUGACGGUGCGAAUGUGAUGCAUUGUGGCUCUAUAUACCAAGAUACAAGAGAAGGGAGUGCUCAGAGUAUCCCCGAUGUAGCUUCUCUCCUUGCAUUAAUGCGGUACUUCAUUGUUCGGGAUUUCGAAGUUUUUGCAGUUCUAUCUCGAAAAUAUUCUAAACCAGAUGCCACAAAUUUCAAAGAAGCCAUAGAUAGACUCGUCGAGAACAACCUCUGUGUUAUUGUUCCUUCCAUGAACCUUGAUGAUACAAUUGCUCUAGAAUUCGCUGCUCAGGUCAACGGAAUUGUUAUUUCUUCUGAUAAAUACCGUGACCACGCUUGCCUCAACCCGAGAAUUCAGAGAAUUGUUGAAAAACAACGAUUGAACAUUUUCUGGGACAGUAUUCCAACUCAUCAUCAGAACUCAAGAACCCAAAAAGGAGAAAUGGAUUAUUUGCCAUCCAAAAAGUUCAUGUUUACGGAUGACAAUAACUCAGAACUGAGUGAAAAUGAUGUGAUCAAGACCUUGUAUGCUUUCCCGAAUGAAUUACAAUACAUUAUAUCCAAAGAACGACAUGAAAUGAUAGCACCGGAAAAACGAAAAACAGAAGUGGAGGGUCUAUUAAAUGAUCUUAUCUCGAUGGGCAUUAAUCAUUGCCAAGUCAAUGCAAAAAGAAUUCUAGAGACACCUGUGCAUGUUCCAACAGAUGUUCAUUCAAAAUCAAGAACAUUCUCGGAAGGCGAUUAUCUUACUGAAGUUCCACCAGACGACCAAGCAAACCAUAUCUCUCUACCUUUCGGAGAAUCAGACGAUGAAUGGUGA